AUGAGUACUAUUUGUCACUUGUGCUCCUUCUCGAUGAUAUUCUUGCUUGUAGUUUGCGGUCUUGCUUUAUUUUCAGAAUCUUCAAACAAGAUCAAGUUGCAGUAUUUUUCAUCCCAUGGAGAUUAUAAAAGUAAUCAGUCAUCAACGCAAGCAAAUCUGAAAGCAGAGCAAGCUUACUCAAUCCAUAGAAAGCUCUUGUUGCUUGGUACUUGCAGGAGCACAGACAUAAGCAUUUCACAAAGCAGAAGCUCAAGCUCAGGGAUUCCACAGUUCAUAGUCCAGAUUAUGAAUACCUGCACUGUAUCUGGGUGUGCACCUUCUGCAAUCCAUCUUUAUUGUGGCUGGUUUGCUUCUGACAGAAUGGUGAACCCAACAAUUUUCAAGAGGCUCUCUUAUGAUGAUUGCUUGGUGAAUGGAGGAAAAGGAUUGAAGAGCAGCCAAAUCAUCAGAUUUACUUACUCAAACUCGUUUAUGUACCCUAUGCAUUUCAAGUCUGCCAAGUUCUGUUGA